UCUUCAGCAGAAACAACAGAUAAACCAGCAGUGCGCACAGUGCAGGCAACCGACUAUCUCUUUAGAGGUUUUCGCGUGCUGGGCAUUUACAUGCCUAAGCAUCGUAAAUGGCUUUACGCGCUGUACUCGCUCAUACCGAAUGUAUUGGUCACCAUUUGGCUGCCUCUAUCGUUCGUCUUCAGUUACGCUACCAUGUCCACUGAGGAAUUGGUGCCAAGCAGCUUGCUCACUUCCAUUCAAGUGGCCAUAAAUGUGAUUGGUUGUUCGGUGAAAAUAGUGGUCAUGGCUUUUCUGCUGCCCAAAUUGCGCACAGCAAACGUUUUCAUGGAUCGUUUGGAUGCGCGUUGUCGCGUUGAAGCAGAAAUCGCUGAGCUGCGAAAACUUGUGAAACAAGGCAAUCGUUUCGUCGUGCUCUUCGCCAUGUCGUACUGGAGUUAUGCGUCGAGCACAUUCCUCGGCUCGGUGAUCUUCGGACGACCGCCAUAUGCUUUGUACAAUCCACUUAUUGACUGGCGCAAAUCGAAGCUGGAGUUCAUAGCAGCAUCAAUCAUGGAAUUCGCGCUCAUGGAUGUGGCUUGCUUUCAACAGGUGGUGGACGACUCUUAUGCCGUCAUUUACGUCUGCGUACUACGUACGCAUAUGAAUAUUUUAUUGGUGAGACUCAGUAGGCUCGCCACCGAUGACGAAACGAAUUUGGAUGCAAAUUUAGAAGAGUUGAAGCUUUGUAUAAUUGAUCACAAAAAUCUAUUGGGACUCUACGACGUGGUGGCACCCAUAAUUUCCCUUACAAUCUUCAUACAAUUCAUGAUCACUGCUAGCAUACUCAGCGCAACGCUCAUUAACAUCUUUAUAUUCGCCGAGCAGCUUUCCGCGCAGAUCGCAUGCUGUUUCUACAUACUGGCUGUUGUGGUUGAGAUCUUUCCGCUUUGCUACUAUGCGCAGUGCCUCAUGGACGACAGUGAACGCUUGUCGCAGCAGAUAUUUCACUCCAAUUGGGUGGCGCAGGAUGUGCGCUUUCGCAAAAUGCUUGUUUUCUUUAUGCAGCGCACACAGCGUGUGAUGGAACUAAAUGCGGGCAAAAUUUUUCCCAUAACACUGGGCAGCUUUCUCAAUAUCGCCAAGUUCUCAUUCUCAUUGUACACGCUGAUCAAGAAAAUGGGCAUUAGAGAGCGCUUGGGACUGGAGUAGUGUUAUAGCAGCAAAGCAUUAGCUUUUUAAUAUUUAAAGACAGCAUUUAACCCACUGUUGUUUAACUAAUUGUAUUAAAAUAUCUCGAGGUUACGUCGUUUUACACUUUUCAGGGACCAAAUCAGGACCAGAAUGCGGACCUGAUCUAAUAGAGAUUUUUUAAUUUGAAAAUCACCCGCUUUUAAGUAACUAUAUUUGGCCAUAAUUUUUACAAAGAUAAUUUCGAGUAUUUGCAAAAAUAAA